UAUUGAUAUGAAGUAAAGCGACAGAAUAAUCUCCAGAAGGAUAAUCUACUAGAUCUCACUUCGUCGAGACAUCAGAUAGGGAAUUGAAAUUGAUCAUUGAAAACAUGCUGGAUAUCAUCAACCGAUUUGAGUGUCAGGUGAACGCCUUCGCCAUUGUGUCGAAAGAGGACGGAGUCAUCACAGUUUCCAAUGACAAAUCUCUGAAAGUAUGGCUGAAAAGGGACAAUGGACAGUACUGGCCCAGCAUCUGUCACUUCCUCCCUGACUUCGGAACAGCAAUCGCGUUCAAUGAGCGACUUCUCAAGAUCUUCAUUGGACUCAACGUCGGAGUGGUGGAGGAGUUCCGAGUGGCAGAGGACUUCAACAGCGUCUCAUUAGAGAGAGACUUCCACGCACACCAGAGACCAGUGACAGACAUAAUAUACGCACAGGCUCAGGAGUACCUUCUAUCAUGCAGCAGGGACAAGACAUUCCAGUAUUUCCACACGCACAACGGAGUCAGGAUAGGCAGAAUCUCUCUCGACUCACAAGUCCUGUGUCUUGCUUUCGAUGCCUUGUCUAAUCACGUUUUCUUGGGCGAGUACAAUGGUGCUAUCUCGAUGUUCCUCCUGGGGGACACUGAAUACCAGCUGGUGACAAAGUUCCACGGUCACGAAGGAAGUUGUCGGCAGUUGCUCUGGGAACCCGAAUUGAAGUGGCUCGUGUCUUGUAGCUUUGAUCAAGUUGUAGUGGUUUGGGAUGUGGGAGGCAACAAGGGCAAAUCAUUCGAGCUCAGAUAUCACAAGGGAAAAGUGAAUGCGAUAGUUCUGAUGAAGCAGCAGAUGCGACUCAUCUCUUCGGCCGAGGAUGCUCAUUUGGUGUUCUGGAAACUAGACAAGCAGAGAGAACCGGCCACAGUGUGGGAGGACUGUGACAGCUGCCAAUUAUGUGCAGGUCCUUUCUUCUGGUCAUUCAGGCAAAUGUACGAAGACAGAACUAUCGGUAAACGACAGCAUCACUGUCGUAAGUGUGGUAAAGCCUUGUGUGCGAACUGUUGUCCACAUUCGUCCGUCAUGCCCAAGAUGGGCUUCGAAUUCCCAGUUCGUCUGUGCACCGACUGUUUCGACUCCGUCCCAGAAGCGGACAAAGUCAGUUUGGCCAAGAGACACAAUGUGAAGUCGGCUGUGCACCUGAUGACGUAUGACCAGUCAAGGAGUCUCAUCGUCACAGCCAGUCGUGACAACUGGAUCAAAUUCAUCAAAGUGUCAGACGAAGCACAUCAGUGAUGGACGAGGUUUUUCACGUAGUUGCUGAGAAAACAGCCUCGAACGAAAGAGAUCCCUAGCUUGAACUUGAUACUUGUUGGGCUGUUUGUUAGAUUCGAUAUAUAUUUUGUUGCAUUUUGUCUGUAAUUUAUGUAUUUGCCGUCCUUAUGAGGAGAGCCUUUUUCAUGUUCAACCCGCCCAUUUGCAGUAGGGAAUCAGCUCUAUUUAUAUCUUUUAAUAUAGAUGUCAUUACGCAUUCAUAGCUUCAUACUUUGCCGUUUCCCCAAAUCGAUUCACAUAAACAUUAUUUUCUUCAAAUCUAUGUAAUUAUAUUUUUUGAAAGUAGAAAUUUUAAUCUUCAAAAAUUCAAAUUUAAAGCCUU